GCCUGGCCGCCGUCCGCCCGACCCGCGUGGCGACGUCACGCCGCAGAGCAGCAAGAUGGCUGCGCGCAGGCCUCGGUAGCGGCGCUGGAGCAGGGACAGGCUGGGACUCUGGGCCGUGGCCGCCAGGUGCUCCGCCCACCCCGCUGAGUGGCUGAGGAAGCGGGAUGGGCCCGGCCACCGCCAGCAGGACAUGAGCUGAGGCAGGCGGUGAGGACGCAGCGUUGGGAUUCACGCGCGCAGGCAGCUGGUGGAUGGCCCCACCGCAAGCCUGAUGGAACAGGACAGAAGCAGCCAUGCGGCCGGCAGCACACUUGGUCCGUUCCUGGUCCCAGCGCCUGCUCCUCCCUGCCAGCCUGAGCCUCUGGCGGCCAAAUUGCAGAACGGAAGCCCGGUCCCUGAAGUGAAUGGAGACACCAAGUGGCAGGCCCUCAAGAACUGGCCCGGGGUCCCCCCGAGCAGCUGCGCCAGUCCCGACUUCCUCCACGAGGGCAGAAGCUUUUCCUGUUGUCUGGAAAACGGGGGGAUAAAGCGCACCGUCAGCGAGCCAUCCGUCUCGGGCUUCCAGCAGAACAAGAAGCUGAGGCAAGACCAGAAGGCCGAUGGAGAGAGAAAGAGCCUCAGGGAAAUCCGGGAGAGGAACCCGAGAGGAAGCAGUGGCCGGCCAGACCCCACCGAUGUGGGUGAGAACAGGGAACCCGAGAGCUCCGGAGCCCCAGAAGAUGCAGUCGAAGAUGCCGCCACUUUUCCAACACACAACUGCAGUGGGCUGGGAAAGCCAGAGCUUCAGGCUCCGCGUGAGCAGGAGCCGAAGGAUGCUCAGUACCAAGAUGAGAACCCUGCAUUACUUCUGAAGAACAAGGCCGCCCUCGUGCCCAAUGGUGCUACAGAUUCUGCCUCUUCCCUGGAAAACACAGGCGGUGAAGUCCUGGACAAAGCCCCGUCCCGGUGCCAUCCGGAUUGUGUCUCCAGCGCACUGCAGAAAACCGCAUCUCACAGCAGCAGCGCCGGCCCCGGCCAGGCCUCUCCCCAGGUGCCCUGUGCGGUCACCCAGCCAUCGCAUACCUCAGGGCAGAUCGAGUGCCCGCCCAGCCCGGGCUCCGAGCUGCCCCCAGAGCCAGCCGCGGUGGCCACCAAGGCCUGCAGCUCCGCAAUGCCAGAGACCCGACCCUUCCAGAGGCCAGCGCAGCCGCGAGAGACAGGGCUGGAGCCCUGCCCUUGUCCCGUGCAGCCCAGUGACGCCCAGGGAAACUCGGUGCUGGCGUCCACAGAGGGGCUGCGUUCAGGGUCCAGCUCCCAGCAGUAUUCACAACACGACGAAACCAAUGGUGCUUACUUCAGGCAGGGCUCAGUGUUCCCUAGGGAUCCCAUGACCACACCAGCUCUGCAGCAGCUGCUUCCCCUCCCUCCCCUUCCUUCUGUUCCACUCUUUUCCGAUGGAAAAGCCUUGCUGCAGAAUGCAGCUUCAGAAGAUCCCCAGCAGUUCCCCAACCAAAGCAAUGUCACUCUCCUGAGGGAAGUAAAAAUAGAGGCGGGGCCCGAGGCUCCCCCUCCCCAGAGUUCCAGCCCAGCGCUGCUCACUACCUGUCCAGGCCCCAGGCUUCUGGAAGGGGCUCAGAGCGAUGACGUCCCCCAGAAUGGCACAGGCCUGACAGGGGCCAGGCCCGCCUGCACUGGGAGAGCAACACCAGACCAGGUGGACCCCCUCAAGCACAGCCCACCAGUCCUUGGUCUCGGGAGACAGGUGCAGGACCCCUGCCCACCACUGCUGGGACCCAAAGAGCCUGAGCUCCUGCAAGACCAGGACCAGCAACAGAUUCGAGGUCUUGCGCCCCUUCCCCAGCACUAUGUGAAACCAGAAUGGAUCGAGUUGAAGACCGGUCCCCUUCAAGCUGAAUCCCAGCCAACAUGCAAGGAGCCCUCAUGCUCCAUACUUCAGUAUCAGCCCAAAGCUGCUCUGCUCAUGACCUCCAGACCAUACACUGGAAAGCCCAUGCCCGGGGCACAGACGGGCCAGGCUCUCAUCCCGCAGGCAGCGCUGCCACAGCAGUCCCAGGGGCCCCACAGCACCGGGAGGCAGGGGCAGCCGCAAAGUACGGUGGACCAGCAGCUCCAGCACCCACUCCCCUCCCGCCAGGGCCACGUCUCCAAGACCGAUCCCUCGCCUGAUGCCCACACACAGGCGCUGUGCGCCCCUCAAUAUCAUUUCCAGCAAGUUGCAGAUCCCCCAGCGGAGCAACUCUCAUCCCCGUUGUUAAAACAGCACUUGAAUCUGGCUUCAGAGCUGGAGCCUUUUCCAGACUCACACGUUUUGCAACACCAGCCCUCUAAGCAGGCCGCACAAACACAACCACCCCAGAAUUCACAAUUCCCACCAAACCAGCAGCAGCAGAAGCAGCAGAAAUUGCAAGUGAAGAAUAAAGAACAAAUGCCUCACACUUUUCCUCAUCCCCAAGGCAACAGUGAUCCACAAGGAGAAGGACAAGGACCAUUCUUUGGCCAUGUUAAAGUGGAAGAAUGCUUUGGUGGGGAGAAUCAGUAUUCAAAAGCAAGCGAGUUCCAAACUCAGAGCACCCAAGCAGGAUUGGAGCAUGGACAGAAUGUGAGCAGUCGGAAUUCCCUCUAUGGCCAGAUCUUGAAAUCAAAUGCAAGCAAGACCCAGAUUUCCUGUUCAAACAACACACAUGUAGUUCUGGAGAAUAAAGAACAAGAAAUUUGUCCCGAACUCUCUGCAAGAAAUAAGACCCAGAACCUGGCCUGUCCUCCAAACAGCACGCCUCAGAGGGCAGGCAUCCUGCACGGGUGCUUCCAUGAGCAAGAGCCAGAGCAGCUGCAGGUGGCAGCUCUGCAGGGCUACACGAGCCGAAACCAAGACAUGUCCACACAGCAGGCUGCACCUGCACAGCUGGUGCAGCAGAGCUACUCGGCACCCAGCCAAGCCCAGGCUUUCCCUGCGCUCAAGCAGGGACAAGGUCACACGCAUGCCCCUCCCCAGAGGGACACCCAGAAGCACGCGGCGCUGAGGUGGUACCUCCUACACAGGCAGGGACAGCAGCAGGCCAAGCAGCCCCUCGCAGAGCCUUGCCUCGGCCCCAUGAACAGGCCGAUUAAGCUAGAACCCGGGUCCACACUCCAUGCCUGUGCGCGCCCUGGGUCCGAGCAGCAAGACUCCAAAACCUGGAAGAAGCCAACCAAGCAAGAGGCUCCUGCCCUUGGCUGUGACCUCGUGCAGCCCAGGAGCAUCCUCGAGACCAUGGAGCAGCACCUGAAGCAGGUUCAGGUCAAAUCCUUGUUUGACCACAAAGCUCUCGCCCUGCAGCCACAGAAACAAGUGAAAGUAGAGGUGUCGGGGGCCCUCACCAUGCUGUCCAGGCAACUGAGUGCUGCAGAGCUCGCUGGCCUUGUUGCCAUGGCACCCCCCUCCGAAAAGACACCCACCAAAAGAACAGCUGGCCCUGUUCUCAGUAGUUUUAUAGAGUCACCUUCCAUAUUACUAGAUACCCCGAUGAAGAAUCUACUGGACAUACCCAUCAAAACUCAGUAUGAUUUCCCGUCCUGCCACUGCGUAGAGCAAAUUAUUGAAAAAGAUGAAGGUCCCUUUUAUACCCAUCUAGGAGCAGGUCCUAAUGUGGCAGCUAUUAGAGAAAUCAUGGAAGAAAGGUUUGGACAGAAAGGUAAAGCUAUUAGGAUCGAGAAAGUCGUCUAUACUGGUAAAGAAGGCAAAAGCUCUCAGGGAUGUCCAAUUGCCAAAUGGGUGAUCCGCAGGAGCUCACGCGAGGAGAAGCUGCUGUGCCUGGUGCGGGAGCGGAGGGGCCACACGUGCGAGGUGGCCGUGAUCGUGGUGCUGAUCCUGCUCUGGGAGGGGAUCCCGCUGCCGCUGGCCAACAGGCUCUACACCGAGCUCACGAACACACUGUGCAGGAAUGGCUCGCUCACCAACCGGCGCUGCGCCCUCAACGAGGAGAGAACGUGUGCGUGUCAGGGGCUGGAUCCAGAGACCUGUGGCGCCUCCUUCUCUUUCGGCUGUUCAUGGAGCAUGUACUACAACGGCUGCAAGUUCGCCCGAAGCAAGGUCCCCAGGAAGUUCAAGCUGGUUGGAGAUGACCCAAAAGAGGAAGAGAAAUUGGAGUCUAACUUGCAAAACCUGUCCACUUUUCUUUCACCAAUGUACCAGAAACUUGCACCUGAUGCCUACAACAAUCAGGUGGAGCUGGAACACAGAGCCCCCGACUGCCGGCUGGGGCUGAAGGAGGGACGCCCAUUCUCGGGGGUCACCGCCUGCUUGGACUUCUGCGCCCAUGCCCACCGGGACCUGCACAACAUGCACAACGGCAGCACACUGGUGUGCACACUCACGAGGGAAGACAAUCGAGAAUUCGGAGUAGUGCCCGAGGAUGAGCAGCUGCACGUGCUGCCCCUGUACAAAAUCUCCGACGUGGACGAGUUCGGGAGUGCGGAGGCUCAGGAGGAGAAGAUGCGCAGUGGCGCCAUCGAGGUGCUGACCUCCUUUCGGCGGAAGGUCAGGAUGCUGGCAGAGCCGGCCAAGACCUGCAGACAGAGGAAGCUGGAGGCCAAGAAAGCAGCAGCUGAGAAGCUGGCCUUGCUGGAGAACAACACCAUUAAGACCGAGAAGGAAAAGGCGGCCUCGAGGACGAAGCAGGUGGAGACCGCGGGCCAGGCCAAGCAGCUGACAGAACUGCUGCGACUCUCAGGACCAGCUGUGCCCCUGCCCCAGACCCCAGAGCCGCUGCAGCACAGCUUGCCCAGGAAGCCCCAGCCAGAGUCCACCGGUGCCUACUCCACUGGCGCCCCCGGGCUGCACGUGAGACGGCCCAGCCCCGUCAGUCCUUACCCCAACUCUUCCCCUGCGGCAGACAUGUACAGAGGAACCAGCCCCGUGAGCAUCAAUUCCUCCUCACCCCAAGCUGCAGGUUCGUGUUUGAGCUCUCCUAAUCCCAGGAGCCCCUACCCUGGGCUCUUAAACCAGAAUAACCAGUACCCAGCCUAUCAGUGCAACGGGACUGUGUCCAUGGACAGCUGCUCCCACUAUCUGGGCUCCUACUCCUCCCAGGCCCAGCCCAUGGAUCUGUACAGGUACCGGACCCCAGAGCAUCUUACCAAGCUGAACCUCCCACCCAUCCACACCCUCUACCAGCAGAGGUUCGGAAACACCCAGGGUUUCCCCUCCAAGUUCUUGGGCUGUGGGAACCCAAACAGGCAGGGCGGUGCCUUCAGCACCUGCGCCCUGCGACCCAGCAUCCACCACACAGGGCCCUUUCCGCCUUACACCCCCCACGAGAUGGACGGCCACUUGGUGGGCGCCCCCUCCAGAUGCCCACCUAGCCUGGGCGGUGCCAAUGUGGACUGUAAGAAUGGGGAGUACCACCCAGCUUCCCACCUGGUCCCGAGCCACAGGAGCUACAGCACAGUGGCCGGCAGCAUCAGCAGCUCCCUGCAUGCCCUGCGCCUGCAGAGCAAGGAGAAUGCCGUGCUGCCCCACACAGCCAACGGGCUGCCCCGGAUGCCCACCGGGGUCCCCCAGGGCAGCCCAGCGUCCACGCAGGCGGUGCUGCCCAGGUUAAGUGAGGCCCGCAGUCUGGAGAAACGGGGCAUGGUUCUGGCUCCCAGAGCCGAGGACGACGAGGUGUGGUCAGACAGUGAGCAGAGCUUCCUGGACCCCGACAUCGGGGGCGUGGCCGUGGCCCCCACCCACGGGUCCAUCCUCAUCGAGUGUGCCAAGCGCGAGCUCCACGCCACCACCCCCUUGAACAACCCCAACAGGACCCACCCCGCCAGGGUCUCGCUCGUCUUCUACCAGCACAAGAGCAUGAACGAGCCCAAGCACGGCCUGGCGCUCUGGGAGGCCAAGAUGGCAGAGAAGGCCCGGGAGAAGGAGGAGGAGUGCGGGAAGCAGGGGCCCGACCCUGUGGCCCACAAGGCCCACGGCAAGAAGGUGAAGCGGGAGCUGGCCGAGCCGCCUGAGCCGCAGGCGCCCCCCUACCUGCGCUUCGUCAAGUCUCUGGCCGAGAAGACCAGCUCAGCCACCACCGACUCCACGGUCACCACGGCGCCCUAUGCCUUCACGCGGGUCACGGGGCCUUACAACAGGUACAUGUGAGGCGGCCCGGCCGCUGGGUCACAGCGCUCCCGGGAGCCGCCUCCGCCUCCGCCUCCGCCUCCGCCGCGGAGCGAGCCGGGCCUCUCCGAUGCACUGGGACCCACUGCCCGGCUGCAGCUGGCACCCCGGAAAAAGACCAAAGCUGUCUAUGCAACGAGCACGGGCCAGGGAGGAAGGUGCUCCAGGGUUUGCGUUGUUAAACACUGGUUCUGUUGUGGACGAGAUGCUAUGUAAAUGUGAUCCCGCCCCCAAAGUCUACACAUCUGUGACCACUUUGAAUAAUAGCAAGUUUGCAUAAUCAUGGAACACAAAUCAAGUACUGUAGUAUUACAGUGGCAGGAAUCUUAAAAUACCAUCUGGUGCUGAAUCUAUGUUGUACUGAAAUACUGGAAUUAUGGUUUUUCACAUGCAGUCCUUACUGUAAUCUUAAUAUUAACUUUUAUUUAUCAAAAUAGCUACAGGAAGCAUACAUGAAUAGCAGCAAAACACUGAAUUUGUUUGGGUGUUCUACGAAAUGGUGCUAAGAAAAUGGUGUCUUUCAUAGCUGAAAAUUUAAUGCCUUUUUUCAUUGAGAUGCUACCAAUGUACUCCAGUACCCCAGAAGAAAGGGGGUGCCUUUGCAUUCAAGUUUUUAUCCUGAAUUACCUGUUCUUACACAAGCGUAGUUUUUAAAACGUGGACAUUGUAAAGGCCUCUGGAUUUUGCUCACCCAGUGACGUCCUGUAGGACAAUAAACAUAUAUAUAUGUACAUCUAUACACCCACCUUUGUAUAUGUGCACAUACAGGUAUAGGUAUAAAUAUUUUAAGUGGCGUUUUAGAAGCACUUUGCCUACCUAAGCUUUGGCAACUUGAACAAUGCUAAGGUACUGAGACGUUUAAAAACAAAAGUUUACUUUCAUUUGAGGACGAAAUUUUUUUGAAAAGGAAACAAGGAAAGCUUUUAAAACAUUUUUGCUUUUGGUCACAUCUGUUGAUGAGCAAUCGUGUUCACUGUUAACACAGCCAGUGAAAUCCGCAAUGAGGCGUGCUGGAUUGAAGGAAGAGUCGGUCCACAAAAAACACGUUUUCUGGUGCUCACCUUACGUGCUAUACUGUAAAACAGUUUUCUACAAAGUUGUGAGACAAGUUCAUUGCUCAGACAUGUCAGCUGUAAGAACUCUGGUAGACACAGGUCAUAAUUAGCCAGAUGUCCACUCGAGCCUACACUCUUCUAGCGUGCUCUACGCUCCAGAAGCUGAACAGCCAUCUGCUUUUGUGUUGGUAAUUCUAUACCUUGGGAUGUCAUCAUGUCUUAGCUUAAGUGUCCUCCUCAGCAGGAAGAUUGAGUGGACUGAGUCCGGCAAAAGAUGAAUAAACAGGGUUAGUUCUGUGUGUGUCUGUUGGUUGAAGAGAAAAUAAAUAAACAAAACAGGCAGCUGGUUUGCUGUAGUGGUUUUAAAAUUAAUUUGUAUAAAGAAGUGCAAGAGUUGUAUAGUAAAUUAAAUUGUAAACAAAACUUUUUUAACGCGAUGCUUUAGUAUUUUAGUACUGUAAAAAAUAUAUACAUAUACAUGGAAUUGAAUUCGAACUCACAUCACGAUGGUGCUACUCAGCCUGCUACAAUGUUAUCCUAAUGUGAGCUGAAAAUUCACAAAAGGGUUGAGUGAUGUUUCUACUUGCCAUAUACCUCAGCACUAGUUUGGCAAUAGGAUUUUGAACCGAGAGUGAAAGCUUAUAGCGUUAUGUACCAUCAUUUUUCCAAGUCUUUUUUUUAAUUAUUAAAAAUACCUUUUUUUCCAAUACUUGAUUUUUAGCAAGUAUAACUUGAACUUUGACCUUUUUGUUUUAAAAAAUCAGGGAUAUUUCAGCUCAUGUUCCCCCUUACGCCAACACAUCAUCUGUGUUUGUGUACAAUUGUUCUAGGUUAAUAUAUUCUUUUUCAGGGAUUUAACCAUUUUAUUUUGAAUCCCUCCUAUUUUGUACAUGUACUGAUAUAAGACUAACUUGUAAAUGUGUUGGCUGUUAAUUAUAACGAAAAGUUUGGAGAAUUUUUUUGACUGUUUCAAGGAGGAAAAGAAAUUACAUGAAAAUAGAAUGCACUGAGCUGAUAAAGGGAAAAUUGUAAGCUAGGAGUUUGGGAAGUAGCUGUUGGCCAGAAUAUGUCAACUCUCCAUAAAGUCCUUGUGAUCUAGUCAGUACCAGCAAAUACUUCAUGAGGACUUCGACAGGUGGGCCUAACACAAGGCGUGGUAUCCAGUAGGACUGUACAAUUACAUUUAGCGCUAAGUACAUUUUUGCUUACUAGCUUUUCAGAUAAAUUCUUAAUCAGUGGAAACUCUUGGGUUUUAUUGGUUAAAUCUUUUAAUCACUGCAGACUUUGGGGUUUUAUUGGUCAAAUCUUUAAUCAGUGGGGGCCUUUAGUUUCUAUCGGCCAAAUCUUUCUAAGAUGAUUUUUGUCUUUAAAAAGCUCUCAAGUUUAUGGCUGUGUCCAAUUUAUAAGCAUUUUUAAGCCAUUUGCUUUGGAUCCAAAUCACAUGGUUAUUGUUUUCCAUAAACCAUAAUCUCCAACCCAAAGCACUGCACAUGGGUUUGGUGAUGUUGAGUGAACCAUCCAAUGAUUGUUUGGUGACCGUGUCAUCCACUGCCAUUUUCAAACUGCUGGCCAACUAGAGCAGGAAGUGUAGUUCAGGUAGGUGGGAAGAAGUUAGGUAGGAAGGAAGUAGAGUGUAUUGUAAAUAUCAGAUCUCUGAUUGUACAUAUCUAGCCUGCCUCAGAAUGAAUGAAAAGCCAGUCUGCAGUUUGCUUAUAUAGGAAUGUCAGGUUGACUCUAUAGCCAUAUUUGAAAAUGCUUCAGUGGUGGCAACUUUACUUGAAUGAAUUUUUCAUCUUUAUUGACGCACAGUGAUGUAUAGUUCACUUUAAAAGCUAGUGGCUAACUUUGGUAGGAAAUGUUUGCAUUUGGACACUAAGAUAAUGAACUGUGUGCAUUUUUCUAUGCUUUAUUUUUUUAACAGUCAUUUCAUUCUCAUGAGAUGUUUGGUUUGUUUGUAAAAUCUAAGGAUGGUUAUAAAUACUGUAAAGUAUUGUAAUGUUAUGAAUGCAGGUUAUUUGAAAGCUGUUUAUUAUUAUAUCAUUCCUGAUAAUGCUAUGUGAGUGUUUUUAAUAAAAUUUAUAUUUAUUUAAU